ACCGACCGCUGAAAGUUGAUAGCUAAAUCCUACAAAUUGUUAUUUUCCUUCGAUAUGUCUCGAGCUGCAAGUGCCUUCAAAGUGCUCAUUUCGCAUCCGAAUGUUCCAACACCGGCUUUGGAGCUCCUUCGAUCUCGAGGGGCGGAAACCAUCAUAUGUCAGAGUGUGCCGCCUUCUAGGGAGGAGAUCCUGAAGAAGGUGCCCGGGGUGGAUGCCAUAUACUGGGCCCACUAUCAGCCCCUAAAUGCUGGAAUUCUGGAUGCUGCCGGGCCGCAGCUGCGUUGCGUAAGCACAAUGUCCUCAGGGCUCGACUAUGCGGAUAUUCCAGAGUUCCAGAAGAGGAAAAUCCCCUUGGGUCACACCCCCGGGGUGGUGAAGAAUUCUGUGGCCGAUCUCGCCAUAGGUUUGAUGAUAGCAGCCGGUCGUCAUUUUCACGCCGGACGAACCGAAAUCGAGAGAUCCCUAUGGAAAGUAGAGCAGAUCAACUGGAUGAUGGGUCAAGAGAUUCGCGAUUCAGUCAUCGGUUUCUUUGGUUUUGGCGGCAUCAGCCAGGCCAUUGCCAAGCGUUUGCAGUGCUGGGAUGUGGCCAAGAUCAUUUACCACACUCGCACGCGAAAGGAGAACGAUGGGGACUUCAAGGCGGAGCACGUGCCCUUCGAGACCCUUUUAAAGGAAAGUGAUUUCCUAGUGGUAGCUGCUCCACUUACAAACGAAACAAGGGACAAGUUCAGUGCGAAGGCUUUUGAGCUGAUGAAAAAGACUUCGGUGUUUGUCAAUGUGGCCAGAGGGGGUCUUGUAAAUCAAACCGAUUUGCAUGAUGCCUUGACAACUGGCAAGAUUUUUGCCGCUGGCUUGGAUGUCACCACCCCAGAACCACUGCCCGCCGAUAGUCCUCUUCUCAAGCUGCCUAAUUGCGUUAUCCUUCCGCAUAUGGGCACUCAGACAAUGAAGACUACCAUUGAGAUGAGUUUACUAGCUGCUAAUAAUAUCCUAAACUGCAUCGAGGGAAAACCCAUGAUAAGACCUGCCUACUGAGAAAAUGUAAGAAACAGCCGCAACUUUAUGAACAAUAUUAACUCCAAUUGAAAACAAUUUAAUAUCGUUUAAAUAAAUUGCAAAUUUAGUACAAAUUAUAAA